CCGAGUAUCCCUUCAACCCACAAUAUAUCCCCUCUGUGGCCGAUGUACGUAAUAAACCGUAUUGUAUGUGUGUGAAAAGGCAUGAAGUGAAAACGUCGGAAAUACUGGGUAAAUGUUUCGUUUACCCAUACAAAACAUAUUUCGUGAAAGUGCGGAGUGCAUGUAUUUGUGUACAUGGUUUGUGUGGAGUAUAUGAGGGUGAAGUUUUAGUGAUAUUUCCGGAGGACAGUAUCACAAAACGCCCGUCACCAUUUCAAAAUGGCUGAUAUUUGAAGGACCUCUUUGUCCCGGAUGUUGUCACUAUGAUAGAAGAGUCCUUCGUGGCGGUACAGGAGAGUGAGAGUGAAUGCAUGACAUGUUCAUCCAAUCCCAGCAUAGCAACAAUAGCAGUAGCGGGGUGGCGUUACAACAAGGUCACAAGAAACGCAAGGUGGAACAUCAACAGGUUGAAUAUUUAGGCGGUGAUAACCUCUACUCUCUGAAUGCUGGCACCGUGGUUAAUAACGUGAAUCAGUCGGUGGUGCAGCGCCACACGCAUCGCACUCAGAACACUAACAAUAAUGUGCAACACAAGAGCCCUAGUGGGGGAAUGCCACAACAAUUCAUACGCGCCUCCACCAUAAAGCUCUUGGACACGUAUCAGCGCUGCGGCCAAAAAAGGAAAUCGUGCGAGCGUGAGGGUAAUGGUGAUAGUGGAGGUACAGAUACUACUACUACAGGAGCACACGCCACAGCAGCCAACACGACGUCUCACAGCAAGGCAGCCGCCGGCCCGGCGCCCCAGGGCUCCUCGAGUGCCGACGGCGACUACCAGCUCGUUCAACACGAAGUUUUGUAUUCCAUGACCACGCAGUAUGAAGUACUGGAGUUUUUGGGCAGGGGAACCUUUGGUCAGAUAUAUGGUGUUGAUGUCAUUAUUUCACUGAAGAGAUUGGGAAACAUUGUUCCAAUCCAAGAGAUGGACUUAGUGUUGUUCCUUUAUUCAGGCGUUGUAAAGUGCUGGAAGAAAGGCACAAAUGAGAUCGUCGCAAUCAAGAUCCUCAAGAACCAUCCCUCUUAUGCUCGACAAGGACAGAUUGAAGUUAGCAUCCUGUCACGUCUUAGCCAGGAAAAUGCCGAUGAAUUCAAUUUUGUCCGAGCGUACGAGUGCUUCCAGCAUAAGAACCACACCUGUUUGGUGUUUGAGAUGCUGGAACAGAACUUGUACGACUUUCUCAAACAGAACAAGUUUAGUCCACUGCCACUCAAAUACAUUAGGCCAAUUCUUCAGCAGGUCUUGACUGCGCUUCUGAAACUUAAGCAACUGGGCUUGAUCCAUGCUGACCUGAAACCAGAGAACAUCAUGUUGGUUGAUCCAGUGAGGCAACCGUACCGAGUCAAAGUAAUUGACUUCGGCAGUGCGUCCCACGUCAGUAAAGCUGUCUGCAACACUUACCUGCAGAGUCGCUACUACAGAGCUCCUGAGAUUAUUCUUGGUCUCCCCUUUUGUGAAGCUAUUGACAUGUGGUCCUUGGGUUGUGUAGUGGCAGAACUGUUCCUUGGCUGGCCCCUCUAUCCUGGUUCAUCGGAGUAUGACCAGAUUCGUUACAUCAGUCAGACGCAGGGUCUCCCCACGGAGCAUAUGCUUAAUAAUGCAUCAAAAACAACAAAGUUCUUCUACAGAGAUAUGGACAGCACAUACCCCUUCUGGAGAUUAAAGACUCCUGAAGAACAUGAAGCUGAAACUGGUAUCAAGUCCAAGGAGGCUCGGAAGUAUAUCUUCAACUGCCUGGAUGACAUUGGGCAGGUGAAUGUGCCAACAGAUCUCGAGGGAGGAGAACUGCUUGCAGAAAAGGCGGACAGGAGAGAGUUCAUUGAUCUUCUGAAAAGAAUGCUCACCAUGGACCAGGUAGAAAGACGUAUCACACCCGGUGAAGCGUUGAAUCAUGCCUUUGUGACUUUGGCUCACCUGGUGGAUUAUGCACACUGCAACAAUGUGAAGGCAAGCGUUCAAAUGAUGGAGGUCUGUCGUCGGAAUGGUUACAACAACUCGGGUUCCAGUUCACAUCACCAGGCGGCACAGCAAGCGCCACCCCUUGUUGCCAACUUUGUCCCUAGUUCUAAUGGAAAUGUGACCCUAACAUUCAACAAUCAGCUCACGAAUCAGGUACAACGCCUGGUCAGAGAGAGAGCCACAACCUAUGACAACCUGUAUCAGCUUUACAAUGGUCGAUCUGUGGCCCGUCAGUAUACAGGAGCUGCUCGGGCGGACCCGUUCCACCAGCAUCAGCUGGUUUCUUCUAUCCUCUGCCCACCAGGCUAUCAAGGAAUGGGUUCGCCUGCGAAACAUGUUACAGUAGUAGCACAACAACCACCACCCCAGCUGCAGAUUCAGCCUCCAAUCAUAUCGCAGCAGGUUGCUGCGCAGCAACAGUAUGUACCUGUGUCAAUGGUCGAGCAGAGUGGUCGGCAGAUGUUGCUCACCAAUGCAGUGCAGACGACGUGGCCAGGCAACAGACAGAUGGUCGUGCCAUCCUGGCAGCAGAUCCCACCGCAGCAUGCCGCCAUCCAGCAGCCUCUGUUGUCAGACGCAGGAGAUUGGGGCCGGCCCCUCAUCGUUGACUCCGGUACCAUACUUCAGGAGCACCGACCCGUUUUUCCUGUAGACGUUGCUGCUGAAGUGUAUGACCCUUCACUUGUGGAUCACCACUCUAAUCACCACCCAUCAGCCGCUGUAGUAAAUGCGAGUGGGUCCUGGGCUAACAAGCGAGGAGUGUCAAAGAACUCGCACCAUCAGCACGGUCUGACAGGUCUUCCUGAGCAGCAGCAAGCCUCUCAAGCAACGCAUCACCAUCACCACCAUCACCAUCACCAUCUCACCGUCCCCAGUCACCGCUCUCAGCAGGAUGCCAAGAAGGAGCCUACACAGCUCAGUCCAGUCAAGAAGAGAGUGAAGGAAGGCACUCCCCCGUCAGAUUCAGUCAGUGGCUAUAAUACAAACAGUAGCAGUAGCAGGCGGCGAUAUUCACCGGUCUCAAGCAACAACACUCACUGGCAGCAACAGCCACAGCCCCACCACCACCACCAUCAUCAUCAUCAUCAGGGUCAGAGUUCAGUGGCUCCACAGACAGGCAAACAUCAUAGCCAUGCCAUUCAGCAGCAGCUGGAACAGCGUCCACAGACCCCGCAGCUAUCUCAGCAAGUGGUGCCUGGGCGGCAGCAGACCAUUACGAUACACGACACGCCGUCGCCCGCUGUUUCUGUCAUAACUAUAUCUGAUAGUGAAGAUGAGACUCCAGGGAAAUGCUGUAAGGAUAGGAACUGCAGUGCGUGUUACACCUCAGGCUUGGGUCUUGCCUGCCACAUCAGCUCCAACUGCUCCUCCGUGUUGACAGUUGCCUCGCAAGAUGAAGCGUAUCACAGUGCUCAGUCAACACCGUCCAGGGGGGUGCCUGCAAGACAGAGGAAGAACGUCAUAUCGUGUGUGACAGUUGCGGACAGCGAUGGAGAGGACCAUAGGAGUCCGGCUAAACCUCAACAGUUGUAUCACCACCAACAGCAGCAGCAGCAGCAGCAGCCACCCCAGCAGCAACAGCUACCACAAGUAUCUGCGUCUGUUCAUACACCAGCACACAUCGUCAGGGAGAUAAAGCAUGAGCCACAACACAGCUAUUCAAGUGGGGCGUCACAGUCGCAGAAGAAGCGCUUGCUCGCUAAAGCCCAGUCUGAAUGCAUGCUUGGCGUGGCAACGAAGCGGGAACCAGGGCUUACUGACUACCACCAUAAUGACUAUGUGCACCACUCAGCUUGCAGCAAGGAGCCAGCAUUAGUUGCUAGCAGUUCAGCCAAUGCUGUGGCAGCAGGGUACCAUUAUGUAACCACUUCUUCAGCAGGUGGUCACGUCACUGCCACUGGCCAGGAGCAGCACAUUGUAUAUACUGGUUGUAGCGGAGACAAGCGUGGAUCAUGGGCUCCCCCUGCGGCACACACAGGACGAGAAAUGCUUGCUCCUCCAUCGGCUCAUAAUAAACGAGAGUCUGUGGCUCGUGACCACUUGAUGGUACCUGUCGGCUCUCAUCGAGAGUAUCACAUCCCUCAGCAAGCAACAAGUGUGCACAAGGAAUACAUCCAGCCUCCCGCAGCGCACACGACGCGUGAGGCAGUGGCAGUGUCGACACGGGAACAUCAUUUGCUGGCGGCAGCAGCACAGGCCAAGACAUGGAGCACAGCAGCUGCAUCAGCUUCCCACCCUGUCCUGCAUCAGGGAUAUCGGCAUAGCAGCGCACACUUGUCUCCUCAGCCUCUUGCACAUGCGGCUGCUGCCAGUCGCCUCUCCCCUCAGCAUCCCCUAGCAGCGGCCGGACAACCCCUGUAUCAUCAACCGGAACUUUACCGCCGACCUGCUGUGUACGUGACCACCACACAGCCUGCCUACUUGCCAGCCAGCCACCAGGUUGCUCCUUUUACUGCGGGGGCGUUGCCCCCUCCAGCGCAUCAUGCCAGUGCAAGACCAGUACUGGCAACACACCCCUCCCACCCUCUCCCUGCACACAUGCAACCAGCAGCUGUGUUCCCAGCACAUCCCCAAGUGGCAGCAUCAUACGGAUUUGCUCCACUCAGCCCAGCCAAGUCACAUCAAUACCAGCCUAGUCUGUGGUUCACGGAAUGAGAAGGUAACAUCGCUCAAAUAGUUUGCCUGCUUAGUCAUGAUCCUGCAAAGAAAAUAGAUGUAUUUGUGAGGCUGCUGCCGUCACAUUACCGUGGAUUGGCAGUGGCAGUCAAUUUCUUCAUGACUGUCAGAAGUUCAGUUCCUGGUCAAGAGAGGAGCAGAAGAUGCACGUUUCCUUUGCGCGUUCCUCUUCCGUAUGUAUGAUGUUUGUGUAAUUGAGAUAUAAGAGAGAAGGAAUAUGCUAUGAGAUUGCCCAGACGACAAUUUUUGGCCAAGUACGACACUUUUGAGAGGAGAACAAUGUUUUGGAUGACAAGUUGAUUCUGUAAUGCGUGAACCUACUCUUUUUUUUUCUUUUCUUUGACAAGAACUCAGUUAAUAAAGAGAAAUGAGAAGAAAAUAUAAAAUAAUCAAAUUUAAUUGGAUACGUCCAUUAUUUGAGUCGCUCACUUACUAAGUGUUGUAUUUCCAUCAUUCAUUGUUUCUUCUGGAAUAUGCUUGUAAGUGUGUGUAUGCAUGUAUGUGUGUUAAGUCUGGAUUUUUGUUCUCCGUUCGUGUAUUAUAUUUAUCGUUUGUUGAUGUUGAAUUAAAUGUACUUGGCGUACAUUACACAAUUUUGCAUUUUUAAAACUGUCUGUAUCAGAUUGAAAGUAAUUUUUGUGUCAAGUAUCCAUCAGGGUGAUUAAGCUGGUUACGAUUUGGUUCUUUGUAUUUUGUUGCGUUGUGUGACUAUUUAUCAAUCAUUCCUGCCUGCAAGUUACCACUGUGAAUUAAAUAUUGGUAACGAGAAAUGUCCAUUCAAUUCAACACUGAAAACUGUACAUAUGUGUGAGACAACUGUCAGGAAGUUUAAUGAAAUUCUUUUGUGGUGAACAACUUGUACAUAGUAGCAAUGAGAUGCUAUUUGCCUUGUUUUAAAGUGUGAUGCUCGUUAGAUAUUUAUAUUUUAUCCAUUGUGACAAGUGCAUUUUAAGGAGAGCUCCACGGUAAAUACCGACCAAAUGGGAAGUGAAGUUCUCGAGGAGAGUUUUAGGAAGAUAAACUUUUACAUGUGAUGUAGUAGAAGCAUUUUUAUGAAAAAUCCCAAGUCAAUGUGCCUAUUUAAAUAUCAUCGUGUUAUUUUAAUUUGAGGUUUGUAAAUAAUGUUUCCUGCCCAUUUUCAUGUACCAAGCUACCAUUAUUAUAUCAUAAGGAAAUGAAAUAACUUUUAACUUGAUGUAAUCAUUCAUUUGUUAGAUUCAUCAUCUUAACCACUCCAUUACUUUAACUGCUUUUACCAAUCUGCACUGCCUUAUAUCAGCUGCUGGGGUCACCUGAUACGCCUGUAGGCUUUAGCCUUGACUGGCAACACAAACCCAAAAUUAUUUGAAUAAAUUAAUAAAAGCAGAUUAUACAACUUGUCUGGUAAGAGUACAAAGUAAUAUUCAAGUGCAUUUGUUAUUUCAAGUGUGACAAUGUAUACCUAGAUACCAAAUGUAAGACUGAAUAAUUUCAUCCUUUGGCA